AUGGACAACAACGUGUCAUUUCCAAGCCAUAUCCUUCAAAUCCAGGGUUUUGAAUUCUCACAGACAUUCAUGUAUCCAAUUUUUUUCUCCAUGCUGUUUGUUUAUCUCUCCCUCCUUUUGUCUAACAUUGGUGUCCUGGUAGUCAUCAUCAAAGAAAGAAAUUUGCACCAACCAAUGUACAUCCUCUUCUGUAACCUGUCUGUAAAUGAUCUGAUUGGCAACACUGUCUUGUUGCCUCGCCUCAUGGCUGACAUUGUUUCAACUGAGAGGUUUAUCACGUACAGUCAAUGUGUUGCUCAGGCCUUUUUCAGUCACACGUUUGGAUCAGCUUCACAUAUGAUACUGAUCAUUAUGGCCUUUGACAGGUAUGUGGCCAUAUGUUACCCAUUAAGGUACACGUCCAUAAUGACAACCAAAACUUUAGUUACGCUGUCUGUGUCUGCUUGGGGGGCUUCCCUUGUGUUAGUGUCUGUCCUACUGGGUCUCACCAUGAGGCUUUCACGCUGCAGUUCAAUCAUUCAGAAUGCUUAUUGUGACAAUGCUUCAUUGUUCAAGCUAUCCUGUGAGAACGUUUCAAUCAACAACAUCUAUGGACUCUUUUUCACUGUGCUGCUCUUUACUUCAUCAAUGGGAAGCAUCGCUGUCACUUAUAUCAGGAUUGCUGUGAUUUGCUGGACCAAGAAAAGCAAGGAGCUGAACAACAGAGCGUUGCAGACCUGUGCAAGCCACCUGGUGGUGUAUCUCAUUAUGCUGUGGAGUGGGUUUCUAACCAUCAUACUGCAUCGCUUUCCAGACUAUCCAUAUUUGAGAAAACUGGCUUCUGUUCUAUUUCAUGUCGUCCCUGCUCAUUUUAAUCCCAUUAUCUACGGCUUGCAAACAAAGUCAUUGAGGCAGAAAAUUAUACAAAUACUCUGUCGGAAAGUUACACACUCAUAA